UAGGAUCCUGAUAGAUUUUCGUUCCAUCAUGAAAAAUGUGGGAGAAUUGAUUAAAAUGUUUCCCAAUUGCUUCCUUAUACAUCAGUCACAUCUCAUUUAUUACCAUUCUGCCAUAUCACACUAUGUGACCUGUGCAGCAACAAUACAAAAUGAAUGUUUUACAAUCCUUUAAAGCAGGUGAAUAAACACAAUGUUCAUCCUUUUCAAUGACGGUUAGGUUCCAAGCUUGUUGCACUGCUGAAAUCCGUGGAAUUGGUAUGGGAGCUGUGUAUUGCAAUCUACAAUAAAUCUUCAGCAAAACUCCGGGAUACCUCAAAUUAGGCUCCAACAACAUCCUUGCCUAUCAUUUCUACUUCAUUAUUUAUAAAUUGACAAUCUAUAGUCUGUGGUAUUGAAAGGUUAAAAUGACGUUCCAGUUAUCAGCCACGGACGGAUACUUGCUUUCCUCCUGUCAAACAUAGUCAGUACUUUUGCUCUACAUGCGUGCAUGAAUUUUUCAGUAUAAUAAGCCUGUGAAAAAAAUGUGGGAAGCAAUUUAUUUUAUGUUUGUUACUUUUAAUUCUCGGAUAAAGGUCACGGCAUACUAGAAUCCCUGCGACAUGAUGUUUCCGGAAGCUAGUCAAUUUUUGGACAAGCAAUGUCUUGUUAUCGUGGGUUACCUAUUCGGCCUAUGUGUUAGAUUAGUGACGGUUAAGUGUAACGUGGACUUGUCUUGAGUGUAGGUAAUAUUAUAUAAAUUACGUAUGCCAAUUGCGUAAGAUGUCACCUACCGUGUAGUUUGUUUGAUACAGAACAUGUUACUUUGAAGGAUUCUGUAAAUUCAAAGUUGGUGAAAUUUUCUGAACUGUCUCAAGAAAACAUGAUAUUGCUGCUAUAGGUUGAUUUGAACGGGGCAUAUUAUAUCUGAAUUUUUGCUCUUCUACUUGCAUGCGUUGAGGGCGGACCACAACAUGAGCGUGAUCAAAGAGGAGCCUGGUGCCGACACUGAUAUGGGCCCAACACUAAAUGAGUUUAAGCUGGUUCAUUUCAAACAGGAAGAUUCCCCUGUCCUGUUUUGCUCUGUCAAGAGUGAAUUCAAGCAGGACACACAUGGAGUCAAACAGGACCCUGAAUCAUCAGCUGUUGAAAGUUCUUCAUUCCAUAAGAAGAAACACCUCAUUGCUGUAAAACAGGAACCACAGGGAGAUGCCAGACAGGAGGUACGGGAUGACACUGUAAUCAAACAGGAGCCUGAGGAUGAGGUGAUGAUACAAGACCAUGUUUUCUGUUCAGAGAGUGUGGAGCUCAUUAUUGGUAUGGAAGACUUCAUUGGUGGAACCAGUAUGUUUGCAGAGCAUGCUGACAGCCAACAAGGAGAUGACAGUGGCAUCUCAUCACGGAGCGAACAUCCUGGAAAUAAUUGUUCCAUAAUAUUAGGCGUGAAACAGUGUAAGUCUAAAGACAAUAAGAAAGUGUGUUCAAAUCCUCAGAGGAAGACAUACCAAUGUGAUCUGUGCACAAAGAGUUUCACAAGGCAAGGCCAUUUGACUGAACACAGACGUAUUCAUACUGGAGAAAAACCAUACCAGUGUGAAAUAUGCAAUAAGAGUUUUACUCAGCGAGGUAACCUUGCACUGCAUCUCCGAACGCAUCCUGGUGAAAAACCUUUCAAGUGUGACUUCUGCACUAAGCGUUUCACCCAGCGGACACAUUUGGUGCACCACAGACGGACACAUACAGGAGAGAAGCCUUUUAUUUGUGAUUUUUGCAACAAAGGUUUCUCUCAACAGGGACAUCUAGUGGCCCACACACGAACCCACACUGGAGACAAGCCAUACAGGUGUCACCUGUGCAACAGGAGAUUUUCAUCUAGUAGUUAUCUUCUGGUGCAUACGCGUUCCCACUCAGGGGAGAAGCCUCACAAGUGUGACUCAUGUGAUAAGAGUUUCAUGCAGCACAGAUACUUGGUACAGCACAGUCACACACAUAUUGGCGCAAAGCCUUAUAAAUGUGAGAUAUGUCAGAAGCACUUUCCAGACCAGGGGAAUUUGGCACGACACAGACGCACACAUGCAGAGUCCAUUCACAAGUAUGUGUCCUGGAAGGUUUCAAACAACAUGGAAGGAACAUUGUCACCUGCGUUGGAGGGGCAUCUCAUAGAUAUGCAAUAAUAAUAAAUCAAGCAAGAUGGAGGCAGUUGGUUCUGCAAAAUGUUGGUAACUAUCUAACAAGAAUACACAGCUUCAUGCCGCAGGAGACAGUAGUCUCCAGUCCCUGUCUUAAGAACAUCAGAUCUCAGUUUCCUAGGAACCUUGUACAAGUUGCAGCUUCCAUCUUUGGACCACUCCAGGUUCUUACCUCUGUGAGAUUGCUGGC